AUGGACCCGAGUCUGUAUUUUGCCUUACCUGAGAGUUUCGACCCUCUGACAAGUCCUUUGGACUUCGAACAAUGGGUGCGGAAGUUCAAGGCAUGUGCAACUGCUAACAAGUGGGAAGACGACGACCAGUUGAAGCACCUACCACCACUACUCCGAGGUGAUGCAUGGAUUGUUUAUGAUGAGCUCAAGCCCAAUGAGAAGGACACGAUGGUCAGCCUGGUUAAGAAUCUCUCCCACAAGUUGAAUAUUGCUACCCAGAUGCAGAGCAGCGAGCAGUUGUAUCGUCGAACUCUGGAUUCUGGUAGUGAGUCUCUACUCACAUAUCAGAAUGAUAUAAAGAGGUUAGCGUAUCGAGCCUACCCCGACAUGACCGCUGACCAAGUUGCCCCUAUCAUUCUUACUGCUUUUAUCCGAGGGUUAAGAGGACAUUCGAUGUCGCUUGCCCGAAAGGUUAGGAAUGCAAACCCGAAGACUCUUCAACUCGCACUUGAGAAAGCUCAAUUUUUGUUGUCGGAUCCUUUUGAGGAUGGUGAUGUGUCUCAUGAGAGUGAGUUGAUGGCUGUCAAGCGUGGAACUUAUGAAGCGGAGCUUGAUGGUGUUUAUGCUACUGAUGGAGCUAUAUCGAACUCGCUUUCAGAGAAGCCUGCUUCUAGUUUGACAUCUCCCGCUCAGGGGGAGACCACUGGUAUGCCUAGUUGGGUCCCAACACUCAUCAGUGCCCUACGUCGAGAUGAUCGUAAAUGUAACUAUUGUGGUAAAGUGGGUCAUCUCGAAGCUCACUGCUUCAAGAAGCAACGAGAUAAAGGUUAUGGUCCGGUACAGAAACGGCCCCGACAAGAUGUGCAAUAUGAGAAGUGUGAUGAGGCUGUAGAUGGAAGCUAUCCACGUACGAUGGGAGUCACUUGUGGUUAUUGUUUGCGGAAGAAUCACACGGAGGAGCAGUGCCAGACUAAGAAGAAGGCACUGGCGCUCAAGUCCCGACUUGCGCAGGGAAACUAG